AUGGACCCCCGCAACUUUCAUCAGUUCGUGAUGCACAGAGUCGCCGAAAUUCUGGAAACAACACUGGUCGAGCAAUGGCGGUGGAUUCCUUCAAAGCUGAACGUAGCAGAUGGAGCUACCAAGGUCACCGGGCAAACCCAACAAGAGACGUGGAUAACGGGCCCGGAGUUUUUGAAGACCGAUGCGAGCCACUGGCCAAUAUCCAAGAAGCAGGAGAGCAUCAACGAUACCUCGGAGAUCCGGAAGCAUGUGAUGACGACGCAUUCGAAAUCAGUCGUUAUGUUCAACGCGCACGAUUUGUCAAAUUGGCGGCGGUUAUACAGAGCAGUGGCGCUAGUACUCCUGUUCAUUGAUCGGCUGCGAGCGAAAUGUGCCGGACGAGACAUGCCAGCAACCACGACAAUGGCUCAUCAAACGUUAUCCGCGGGAACGGCGCUCAUCAAGGGAAGCAGAUUGGCCGGAUUGAACGCGUACCUGGACAACGAUGGAGUACUACGAACUAGAGGCAGAUUGAACGCAGUUGACAUAGCUGAGGACGCCAUUAUACUAGCUCAUGGAUGCCGGAUAACCAACCUCAUAGUUAGGAGCUUUCACGAAAAGUAUCACCAUCUCGCUCACGAAACUGUAAUAAACGACAUCAAAAAUUCGUUUUAUAUCAGCCGGCUACGAGUACUGCACAAAUCUGUGCGAAACACAUGCCAACGAUGCAAGAUCGACAGAGCAGUUCCCAGACCACCCCAGAUGGCACCGAUCCCGAGGGCAAGAGUUGGAAGCUUCGAGAGGCCGUUUACCUAUACAGGCGUUGACUAUUUUGGCCCGUUAUUGGUGAACGUCGGCCGGCGCAAAGAGAAGAGAUGGGUAGCUCUGUUCACCUGUCUUACGUUAUGCGCGGUGCAUUUUGAGAUCGCCCACAGUUUAGAUACAAGUUCAUGUAUCAUGUGCCUAGCCAAUUUUAUGGCCCUUCGAGGGACACCGAAGGAAAUAUUCUCUGACAACGGUACAAAUUUCAGAGCCACGGAAAAAGCCGUGCGCGAGGAGCUGAAAAAGAUCGAGCACGAUAAGAUCUCUAUUAAGUUCGACGGCAUAAAGUGGCGAUUCAACCCACCAGGACCACCGCACAUGGGUGGAGCAUGGGAGAGACUCGUCAGGACAACGAAAGGAAUCUUGAAGAACAUUUGCCCAAGUUACUCUUUCAACGACGAGGGGUUGAGAAACGCACUGAUGGAGGCGCAAUUUAUCAUCAACUCGCGACCUCUCACGUUCGUAAGUUUGGAUUCCGAGGAUGACGCUGCCCUGACUCCAAACCACCUGCUGCUAGGAUCAGCGAACGGAUACAAGCCGCUGCCAAAAGAGGGAAUGAAUCUGAAGCGUAGAUGGAACGAGCCUCAGCGCUUCGGAGACCGCUUUUGCCAACGAUGGGUUAAGGAAUAUGCACCCGUGUUAACCAGGCGCACCAAAUGGUUCGAGAAGGUGCCUCCAAUCACCAUCGGGAGCAUCGUCGUAGUCGUGGAUGAGCUUCUUCCCAGGAACCUGUGGCUAAAAGGACGCGUGACUGACGCAAUGAAGGCCAACGAUGGACAAGUUCGGCGGGUGACAAUCAAGACGCAGCAUGGUGCUAUAGAAAGACCAGCAACAAAGGUAGCAGUUCUGGACGUCGGCUUGGAGAAUGGUAACUGA